CGACCUACCACACCACCACGCCGCCGUCUAUACAGCCAACACCACCGCGUCGGGGCGUGCGCCGGACGUGACCCGCGCGUGACGAAAGCGCAGUCGAUUUCGCCGUCUUCGCGCAUCCUCCCGAUCCGACACUCGCCAUGGGCAAGCUUCUCGCCUUGGAGUUGUACAACUUCAAGUCCUACCGCGGCCACCAUGUCAUGCAAUUCGGCGACAGCUACUUCACCUCCAUCAUUGGACCUAAUGGAUCCGGCAAGUCCAAUUCCAUGGACGCCAUCUCCUUCGUGCUUGGCAUCAAGUCGACUCAUCUGCGUUCCACCCAUCUGAAGGAUCUGGUGUAUCGCGGUCGUGUAAUGAAGAACUCCAAGAUCAACGCAGAUGGCACGGUGGCUGAGGAGGGCACGAAUGGCGUCGCGUCAGAUGAGGAGGACGAGGCCGACCAGCCGCGAAGCCAGCGCAACGAUCCACAAACGGCGUGGGUAAUGGCUGUGUACGAGGAUGAUGCGGGCGAAGUCCAGAAAUGGAAGCGCAGCAUUACUGCCGGCGGACAGUCUGAGUACCGCAUCAAUGACAAGUCGGUCACGGCGAAAAAUUACAAUGAAGCCCUCGAGGCCGAGAAUAUCUUGAUCAAAGCUCGCAACUUUCUCGUGUUUCAAGGUGACGUGGAAGCGAUAGCAUCGCAGUCUCCGAAGGACCUGACUCGGUUGAUCGAGCAAAUCAGUGGAUCGCUGGAGUACAAAGCUCCGUACGAGGCACUGAAGGAGGAGAAGGAAGCGGCCGAGGCGGAAUCAGGGCUGAAGAACGAAUCGCGUCGUACGAUCAAUGGCGAGAUCAAAGAAUACCAGAAACAGAAGGCGGAGCUUGACAAGUAUGAGCAAACCAGAGAUGAACGCGAUCAAGCUGUUGUGACACAUGUCCUCUGGAAGUUGUUCCAUUUUCAGCGCGCGAUCGAGUACAGCACUGCCGAGAUCAAAAAGCACCAAGCUGAGCUGAAAGAGUUUCGCCGCAAUGUGAGGCAGUUCGAGGGCAAGCUAGAGGCCGCAAGAUCAGAGCAAGCCAAGGUUGGGCGCGAAGUUGGCAAGUGCGAGCGCGACAUCAAGCGUCGGCAGAAAGAUGCCGAGGAGCAAGAGCAGAAGCUGGUUCCAGUGGACGAGAAGCUCUCGAUAUACAGCAGGAACAUUCAAAAGUUCCAGACGAGGAUCGAUGAGAUCACGCAGGACCGAGACCAGCAGCAGGCGUCUGCUGAGAAGAUGCAAAAAGAGCUUGCCGUGGUACAGAAAGCGCAGAAGCGAUGGGAGGACCAGUGGCAUGCUGAGCAGCAGAAAGCCGGGCGUGCACUCAGUCCGCAGGACUUACAAGAACUCGAGCGGCUCAAGAAAGAGGUCUACAAGCGGACGGGCAGUGUUCAAAACAAGAUUGAGAACAUUAUACGCCAACUGAAGACUGACGAAGAAACUGCAAAUUCGCUGAAGUCCAAAGUGGACAGCACUGCAGCACUUAUCGCUAAUCUUCGAGAGGACAUUGCGGAGCUGCAACAGCACCGCAGUGACACGAACCAAAAGAUGAAGUCCACGAGCAAGGAGAUUGCGGAGAAGAAAAAGGCUAUCAACAUGCUGAUCAGCGACCGCGAUCGAACUGAGCAGAAGAGACGAGAGCUGGACGAGAAGCUGCAACAAGUGCUCAGCAGGUAUGCUGAAGCACAGGGUUAUCAACGAGAGACCAGGAAAGAAGCCGAUCAGCGAGCCAUGGUUGCAGAAAUCCGACGAAUCUACCCGGGAGUCAAAGGACAGCUUGGUCAAUUGGUUCGGCCGAAGCAGAAGAAGUACGAGACGGCAGUGUCCACGGUGCUAGGUCGACAUUUUGAUGCGAUCAUUGUCGACUCCGAGAAGACGGCGCGCGAAUGCAUUCAAUACCUCAAGGAACAGCAUCGAGGGCAAGCGACGUUCAUUCCACUCGAUACGAUCAUUCACAAACAAGCCAAUGCGAAUCUGCGCGGCAUGCAUCCUGGUAUGAGGUUGGCGAUCGACACCAUCGAUUUCGACACAAAUUUGGAGCGAGCACUGAGCUUUGCAUGCGGCAAUGCAAUCGUGACCGAUACCAUUGCCAUCGCCAAAGAACUGGUGUACAAGCGCGGUGUGGACGCCAAAGCUGUCACCCAGGACGGCACAGUCAUCCACAAGGGUGGCAACAUGACCGGUGGUGACGGACCUGGUGGCAACAAGCGACGAUUCGACGAUGCUGAGAUCUCGAACUUGGAACAGCUGAUCGCCAAGUUCAGAGGCGACCUCGACGCGCUGCCCAAAGGGCAUAAGCGUCAAGCAGAAGAAGAGCAGCUUGGUACGGAGCUUGCACGCCUAGAUACCAAACAGAAGUACGCACAAGAGGAGCUAAAGACACUCGAUCGAAACAUUGAAAGCAAGUCGAAGGAAUUACAACAUCUCGAAUCUCAGCUCGAAGAACUCCAGCCAAAAUAUCAGGAACAAGCAGAAGGCGUUGUCACCUUGCGUGCGUCCUUAGGCGAGCAAGAGGAAACAGUGGCCGAUGUCGAAGACGAGAUAUUCGCAAACUUCUGCCAGCGCACUGGCUACGAGAACAUCCGAGAGUACGAGAAGCAGAAUGGCGCGCUUCAAGAAGAGGCUCGCCAGAAAGAACUCGAAUUCAAGAAGCAGACUUCGAGGCUCGAGAACCAACUUGUUUUCGAAAAACAGAGACUCCAAUCGGCCGAGGCCCGACUGCAGUCGGCAGAGGCCGCCGCAAAGCGUGACAAAGAUCAGCUCGCAUUGCUGCAGGGGAAGAAAGAUGAGAUCGCUGCUGAGCUCGCUCAGAUCAACGAGGACAUCGAGGAGCUGGAAGCACAGCUUGGUGAGCUGAAGAAGUCGUUCGAUGAGCGUGGCGAGAAGGUUCAGGAGGCUCGGCGCGAACUACAGAAACGAAGCAAAGGUCAAGAAAAGACCUUGAAAGAGAUUUCUGAGCUCGACGCGGACGUGCAGAAAGCCGCCAGUGGUCGCUAUAGUCUGCUGCGAACAUGCAAAGUCGAGAACAUCAAGGUUCCGUUGGAGCGGGAUAGUCGCAAGAUUGAUGCUCUUCCACUGGAAGCCGAGAGUCUCGACGAUGACGACGACAUGGACGUUGACGAAGACGAGGGUGCUGCCACCACCAGAUACAAGGACUACGGCAUACAGAUCGACUUCACGCAGCUCGACGACGACCUUCAGGAAGAUGGCAGCGACGACUGCGAAGCCCAACUCUCGGAGAAAAUCAAUAAUCUUUCAUCCGCUCUGGACAAGAUGGCGCCGAACAUGCGCUCAGCAGAUCGUCUCGAAGCGACGAGUACACGCCUCAAUGCAGUGCAGAAAGACUUUGAAGAUGCGAAGAAGGCCUCUGUUACGGCAGUGAAGAAGUUCAACGAAGUGCGCAAAAAGCGCAGUGACCUGUUCAACAAAGCUUUCCAGCACAUCUCCGAGCAAAUCGGUUCCGUCUACCGCGAACUUACCAAGACUCCAUCUUUCCCACUUGGUGGUUCGGCCUCUCUGGACGUAGAGGAUGAAGAAGAGCCGUAUCUCACUGGUGUCAAAUAUCACGCUAUGCCACCUCUCAAGCGAUUCAGAGAUAUGGAGCACUUAUCUGGAGGUGAAAAGACGAUGGCGGCCCUGGCAUUACUUUUCGCAGUCCACACAUAUGCUCCCUCACCCUUCUUCGUACUCGACGAGGUGGAUGCUGCGCUGGACCACGCAAACACGACGCAGCUUGCACAAUAUGUGCGAGAGCAUGCCGGGCCGGGAAUGCAGUUCGUUGUCAUUUCGCUCAAAACUGGACUUUUCCAAAACAGUGAAACUUUGGUCGGUAUCAUGAGAGACCAGAGCAAGAAUAGCUCGCGGCCUUUGACACUUGACCUUCGCAAAUAUCAGGUAGCCUGAUCCACUCUCUCAAAGACGUAUGAGAACGGAUUCUCUGCAGAAAUAACAAGCAAUCCUGCGAAUCGGACCUUCGUGCAGACCCAGUGAUGCCCCAGCUUCCGGCUUGCUGGUGCCGAGCGAUAGCGACAGAAAGCGGUGGCCGGGCUCUGGAUGCGAGGUGAAGGUGCAGGAUGAAAUAUCUGCGCAAGUCGCGUGGUCCUGAGCUGGACUCCGUCAGUACGAUGAAUCAUGUGCUGCGUGUGGUUGACGCAGGUAGAUGUAAGAAGACGGCGAUUUCGCGAAUAGUGGCGAAGUCAUCAUUUUCGGUAACGAGAGCUGGAUGCUUCGUCCAACGUAAUGAUCAAUGUUGAAGUGAGCCGAUGCGAUGAUUCUAUUCUUCAACGAACUUGUGCCUGUAAUCAAAAGAAUGAGGACCCGA